UUGUUUGUUGGAGAUCGAUGUCUUGGUGUUGGUUCAAGAGUAAAAGAGCACAGACGAUAUGGAGGAAAAUGGAAGCAGAAACUACUCGGAAGCGCAAGUAUUGUAUGCAUCACAAGCGAGUAUAGUAUGUCUCAAACUUGUGUCUUUUGUUUCCAGAAAUUAGCCCACCCAGUUAACAGAACCAAGAAGGCAACAAGAACAGUGAAAGAUGCUUUUGAUUGCUUGAAUAAGGACUGUAUGUCCCUGAAGAAAAAGAAGGCAACUAUGUCUCAUGAGCGAUUGUCAGCUCUGGUAUUGUUGGUCUCU